CCCCCUCAUGACGUCAGAUCGCCCCCGCCCGCCGCGCAGCUUCCCCCGGCGAGACCCAAACAGCUAGAAUCCGGGCAGGAGCUGGGGGUCUAGCUGCGCGGGUGGUGGCGCAUCCUCUCAGGUGGGCGGCUGUCUGGGUCUGGCGACUCAGCGCUCCUCAGCCUUUCCUCCCGGUGCCCGCUCGCGACUGUCAUCGCCCCAUCACUUCUUGCUGCGGAGAGCGUCACAAGCACCUGGAGGACCGGCAUCGGUCGCUUUGGCCCCUGAGUGUCCGUCCGAGCCUAGGGGAGCCCGCCCUCCGGCGCUUCGUCGGGGCCCGGCCAGGCACCUCCGCCGCCGGCGCACGGACGCGGGCACGGAGCACUAGAUUACGGCUGCUGGACCUCAGCACGUUGACGAGAUUUCCCUGGGGUACCGCGGAGGAUUACUUUGAAUUGCAGUGGCCCCCUGUGGUCUGGAAUAUUUAGAACUUAAGUCUAUUAUUUCGGGCACCAUGACUUUGAGGCUUUUGGAAGAUUGGUGCAGGGGAAUGGACAUGAACCCUCGGAAAGCGCUGUUGAUUGCCGGCAUCUCCCAGAGCUGCAGUGUGGCAGAAAUCGAGGAGGCUCUGCAGGCUGGUUUAGCUCCCUUGGGGGAGUACAGACUGCUUGGAAGGAUGUUCAGGAGGGAUGAGAACAGGAAAGUAGCCUUAGUAGGGCUUACUGCGGAGACUAGUCACGCAGUGGUCCCUAAGGAGAUACCGGGAAAAGGGGGUAUCUGGAGAGUGAUCUUUAAGCCCCCUGACUCUGAUAAUACAUUUUUAAGCAGAUUAAAUGAAUUUUUAGCGGGAGAGGGCAUGACAGUGGGUGAGUUGACCAGAGCUCUUGCACAUGAAAAUGGCUCCUUAGACCUAGAGCAGGGCGUGAUCCCAGAAAUGUGGGCCCCUAUGUUGGCACAGGCAUUAGAGGCUCUUCAGCCUGCCCUGCAAUGCUUGAAGUAUAAAAAGCUGAGAGUGUUCUCGGGCAGGGAGCCUCCAGAACCAGGAGAAGAAGAAUUUGGACGCUGGAUGUUUCAUACUACUCAGAUGAUAAAGGCGUGGCAGGUGCCAGAUGUAGAGAAGAGAAGGCGAUUGCUAGAGAGCCUUCGAGGCCCAGCACUUGAUGUUAUUCGUGUCCUCAAGAUAAACAAUCCUUUAAUUACUGUCGAUGAAUGCCUGCAGGCUCUUGAGGAGGUAUUUGGAGUUACAGAUAAUCCUAGAGAGUUGCAGGUCAAAUAUCUAACCACUUACCAGAAGGAUGAGGAAAAGUUGUCGGCUUAUGUACUAAGGCUGGAGCCUUUGUUACAGAAGCUGGUACAGAGAGGAGCAAUUGAGAGAGAUGCUGUGAAUCAGGCCCGCCUAGACCAAGUCAUUGCUGGGGCAGUCCACAAAACAAUUCGCAGAGAGCUUAAUCUGCCAGAGGAUGGCCCAGCCCCUGGUUUCUUGCAGUUACUGGUACUAAUAAAGGAUUACGAGGCAGCUGAGGAGGAGGAGGCCCUUCUCCAGGAAGUAUUGGAAGGGCAUUUCACCUGAGUCUCAGGGAACCACGAAGGGAUAUGGCAAAGAGUAGAGCAUGAAGGUAGAACAGUCUAUAUACUCUUGUGACACAUACAAUCCCUACCUUGUGCUGCCAAGUAACUCAUGUGCAAUUCUCAGUAUAAACCCUUUGUCGUUUCUAUGCCUAUUUAAAGUCUCCUAAAGGUGUAAUUGACUAGGAAGGAUGUAGUUCUACACUGCUGUUUACUUAUUUAAAUUCAUCCUUGUGAAUAUGUUUGUUGUUGUUGUAGGGACAGAGUCUCGUUCUCACCCAGGCUAGAGUGCAGUGGCGCGAUCUUGGCUCACUGCACCCUCCACCUCCCGAGUUUAAGCUGUUCUCCUGCCUCAGUCUCCCGAGUAGCUGGGACUACUCAUGCCACCACGCCCAGCUAAGUUUUGCAUUUUCAGUAGAGACGGGGUUUCACCAUGUUGGCCAGGCUAAUUUCGAACUCCUGACCUCAAGUGAUCCACCUGCUUCAGCCUCCGAAAGUGCUGGGAUUAUAGGUGUGAGCCACUGCACCCGGCCUCAUCCCUGUGAAUUUCUUAUUGUACAAAAGUUCUUUCACUACCUGUGUGCAGUGCUCUGAGAGGACAGACAAGGCUCUGGUGUAUAUGCUGACCAGAUCUCAUUGAAAUGUCAGCUCGUUUGGUACGAGGCGCAAGUGUAGCAUGUCACAUGUGAUCAUGUUGGAUCAUUGACAGUUUUUAGGUAUGUAUUGACCUACAUUUAUGAUGAAGAUCCUGAGUGGAGGUUAAGAUACUAAGUUAUUUUCUGUAUGAAUCAAAAUUAUAUUGAUUCUGUGCAAUCAAAACAAAAGGCAGAAUAGAAUGCUGAGAUUGGUUAAGUUUGCAAUGACCAUCUUUACAGAUUUCUGCUAUGUGUCAUCAAAACAUCUAGUUCUGAGUAACAUUUUCACAAUUGUUAUAAAAUUAUAGGUGUGAACUUCUAAAAUAAAGGAAUGGUAAUAAAAUGA